CAACGGCUAGUUCCCGCAUCAUCAUGUGACCGUUCAGCACAACACCCAACAUUCAAAACACAUCAUUACAAGAUUUAACAAACACCACUUCCAUUAUUAUUGUUCCGCAAAAUCCACUUUCUUCGUUCCAAAUUUGGAGCUUGCAGGCAUUGCUUUGAGCAUCUCGUUUUGUUGGUCCCAAUAUUAAAAACAAAUCAUUGCUCCCUUGUGAUUUGUUUCAUCCAGAAUCUUCACAAAAACACCAUUUAUAUAUAUAUUUGUAGGCAAAAUUUGAGUUCCUUGUUAGGAAAAUGGUGUAUUCGAAGGCACCCACAGCGUACUACUCGACCCUGCACGACUCAAUAUCUUCUCUGUGCAAGACCAUUUUACCCUUCGGCCUCAAGAAACAUCGGUGUCUCGUUUCCGCAGAGCAGAAGCUGUGGCAGCUUCAAUCCGACAACCUCAAAUGGCAGCGAGAUUCUCUCUAUCAGAUGCUGAAUUUGGUGGCUCUUCACAGAGAUGACAUUCUUUCUGAAGCUGAGGUUUCGGCUUUCAGGACCCAUUUGCUCGAAACCCUUCUUGCUUCUCCCCCUCCGCACCAGGAUCAUGCCCUCAUCAUCAAAGAUAAGCUUAUGUUUCUGCAGGAACUUCUUAAUGCAAAGUGCAUUUCGGAAGGGGAGUACCACUCUUCAAGAAGGCCUUUGCUUGUGAGACUUGCAGUUCAAGGAGGUGAGAUUGAAGGCAGGGAUGUGAUCAUUGCAGGGUCAAAAGACACCAAGCAAGAUUCGGAGGAAGAAUGGUCAGAGAUAGACUUGAAGGAUGAGCAGUGCUUGGUGAACAAAGAGAACUCAAAUUCCAAGAAGACAUCAAAACAGGCAAGGAAGCAGGUUGUUAAAGGAGCAACCUCGGUUUUCGGCUUUGGCUCUUCUUACAAGCCUAGCAAAAACUCGACGGAGAGGAGCAUAUUCAAUUCACCCUCUUUACACAAGCACUCAGCACAAUCAAAAAUGUCUUCUCCAUCUAUCUAUGCACAAAGUGAAUUGAGGCAUUCUAAGGAAAACAACCCCUUCUGGGAUGGGCCGGAGAAGAUGAAGAGGAAACCAUUUAGAGCUCUAUUUCAUAGGGAUAAGAAUAAGAAAGAGGGGAAUGGUGGUGGAGACGGUCUUGAAGCAGCAGAGAAAUCAGCUAAUAAACAAUGGGGGUUUGAUGGGUUGAGGAAAUGGAAGAAAAGUGACACAGAUGAUGACACAGUUCCUUUGUCUCUAAAUGAGAGGUCUGAUAGUGUGGCAUACUUGCCUUCCUAUCAGCUUUCUUCAACAAUUCCAUAUGGUGAGCUUUCAAUGAAGAACAAGUUGCACUCUGGUCUAUCACCAUCUGAUUUUUCCAUGGAUGAUAAGAAGGAGCUGUCUAGAACCCCUACAGAAAUGAGGAGCACAAACACAAAUCUCAACUUCUCGAGGGAUCAGAAGCAAGCAAAUUCUACCAAACUUCCAGAUUACUACAAGGCCGAGUUAGAAAGUGACUUUCCCAAGCCAUUGGAUGUGGUGAAGAAACAAUUUAAAGACAGUGUUGGAGAAUUUGAAAAUAUGCACAAUGAUGCAGAAAACUCAAUGGGGUGGACAACAUUUGAAGACGAGGAAAACCUUCACCCAAAUCUUUUUGUUCAUCAAGAAAAAUCAUUGCGCAAGCAGUAAGGAUGAGCUCAUAGAGUAAGGAUGAGCUCCUCUAGGGAGUGGAGGAGUUCAAAGAAAAGGAAUCCUCCUUGCCUGUUCUUAAAAGUACUGGUGGUUACUAUUUUGAGUUAUUUAUGCAAUGUAUGUAUUUAUAUCAUAAUGUGGUCUCCUAAGAAGAGUAUAGCAAAUAUAUAUUGUUUAAAUACUUGUAAUUUCUAAAUAAUGUUUGAAUUAUCUAAACAAUAUUUAUAUUUAUGUCGGCAAAAAUCAGUUCAUUUAAUAUUUUAAUAGAAAAGCAGUCACUUAAUUCGA